AUGCAGCGCCUCGACGUGGAACACCACUUGAUCACGAGCUGGCAACCUGCAGCCAACGGCUUGGUGGAGCGAGACCGCCAGCUCAAGGCCGCCAUCAUGUGCCACGAGGACGAGUCCUGGGUCGAGUCCCUGCCGCUCGUCCUGCUGGGCAUCAGGACCGCCUUCAAGGACGACAUGGCGUGCACGGGCGCCGAGCUAACCUACGGCGAAACCCUGCGCCUGCCCGGCGAACUAGUCAUCCCCAUCAAGGACGACGUCACCGUGCUGCUCGGACGGCUCCGCCAUCACGAACUUGCAGACUUCACCCACGUCCUGCAGCACACCAAUGCAACGCGGCGCGCCCUGGAGCCCCCGUACGCAGGGCCGUACCGCGUCCUGAGGCGGGACGCCAAGACCGUCGAGAUGGACAUCAAGGGCAGGCAUCCCACGGUUCGCGUGGACGUUGGGGUGCCCCUGUGUCUGACUCCCCCACUAUUGCAGUCCUGGCGGCGCCACUGGGUGCAGGCGCGGCUCAUGGUGGACGCCCUCCAGGACACCCCCGCUGAGGCCGUGGAGCUGGUGCUGAGCUCGGCGCGCCUCGGUCUUCAGACAGCCGUGAUCCGAGUGCCCGGACACUGCUGCUACAAUCACCACAAGACGGUCUUCAUGGCGGUGCCUGGCAAGCCCGAGGCCCCGGGGUCGGGGCUACGUGCUCCAUUUGCUCCAUCUUCAACGAGCAACUACAAUCUGGACGCGAGCGCUGCCUUGCUGGUCUCCGUGCCUCCCCCAAGGACGUCCCUUUAA